AUGUGCGUCCUGUUCCUCUUCAUCGUCGAGGUCAGCCAGUACAUUCUCAAUCCUCCCAUGGAGCAGAUCAUGGAGGAUGUCAUAUGCCGGCGUUACCACCCGGAUCAUGCCAUAGCGAUGCCGCAGCUUCACGAUAACCGGUGCAAGGACACAGAAGUGCAGAAGACCCUGGCCAUGGUGCGGUCGUGGAGCACGUCUCUCGAUAUGCUGCUCCCGCUUUUCGUCCAAAUCUCUUUUGGAGUCGUUGCUGACAAGUAUGGCCGUCGUCUUGUCAUAUUUCUCUCCCUCUUUGGAUGUUUCCUCGAGCAAGCUUGGAUAACCACUGUCCUCUUCUUCCCCGAUACUUUCUCCAUAUGGAGCAUCCUAUACGGCAGCAUUUUCCUCUUAAUCGGCGGCGGCAGCCAGAUGGUCGUUGCCAUGAUUUCGACCAUCGUUGCCGACGUCGUCCCCGUUUCCGAGAGAACUGGCGCAUUUUACCUGAUUUACGCCAUGAAUCUUCUCAUCUCCAUCGUUGUCAACCCCAUCGCUGCAUUCCUUCUCAGCAUUGAUCCUUGGCUUGCAAUGUGGAUCGGAAACACCGUCCUCACCAUAGGCAUGCUGUCGUCUGCUCUCAUCCCGGAGACGCUCAAGUUCCGCCAGGCUGCCGACAACAAGCGCCGCGGUCAGGAUGGUUCAUCUACCGCUCAGCAAGAAACACUGCUUCCAUCGAAGAAGCUUCCUAGUGCGAGAGAACUGGCGCAGCGCGCAUGGUUUUCCGCCAAGAACGAUGUGUCUCACGUAUGGCGCUUCAUCUUCACCUCGAAGACGGUCGUACUGCUCCUUCUUGCCUAUGGUCCAUUCUACCUCAUCAAGUUGACAUUUGUCUUGGACAUUUUGCAGUACAUGACUCGCCGCUUCAACUGGGAGUGGUCAACUGCAACAUACAUCAACACAGUCAGCAGUUUGGCGGGAGUCUUCACCUUGUUGGUGCUGCUGCCAAUAUCAUCCUCUAUUCUGAGCAAACGAUUCCGCUUUGAUUCCAUCAGCCGAGAUCUGUUCUUGGCCCGCGCCUCCAUCGUCGUCUUCAUCGCUGGCAGCCUGCUCACUGCCCUGGCCGGAGUUCCGUGGCUGUUCAUCUGCGCCAUGGUCAUCACCAACAUUGGCGUGGGCGUCAGCUCUCUGUGCCGUGCGCUGCUCAAUGCUGUGGUUGAGCCGCAUACAGUUGCCACUCUGAACACGACCAUGUCUACCAUGGAGACUCUCGUCGGCUUCCUGGGCGCACCAGUCAUGGGAUGGCUCCUAAGUCGUGGCAUGGAGCUGGGAGGAGUAUGGAUGGGGCUGCCGUAUUUAGCAACCACUCUGCUGGGAGUUGGAGUUAUGACGGCGCUCGUUUUCGUUAGACUUUAG